AUGAAAGAUAUGUAGGUUCACACAAAGCUUCCAAGUGUUAAAUAUAUAUAAAAACAAGACUAACAACAACAAUAAAGUUAUAAUAACAAUACACUGUUGUACAAGAUUUUUAUGAACAUAAUAUACAUAAUGUGCAUGUGUACUGAACAUCAAAAAGACAGCAGACUGAUACAGCAUUUAAUGUUUUUUUGAAUGAAUGUAUGAAUGUUGCUGUUUGUGUCACGGUGAGCAACACGCCCACAGUGGGAGACAUGCUACGCAUGUUGUUCGAGGGGGUAACGGGAUACUAACCCACAGCAGAGUGUGUAUUAAAUUGAUUUUUGUUUUUUAGGACGGAACUACGUUUCCCAUGAUGCACCAGCGGGGAGCGUCGGGCUGUCAACGCCGGGGGAGAGGAAUCGGUUCAGCAUCUCCGGAGCUGCGGAGCGAAGCAUAGGACAGAAACACAGUGUUCACAAACACAAUGAGCUGGAAUUAACUCACCGACUGUCUGCCGCGUCGGUCCGCCGCGAUGCCCGGACCGGAUAUUUAACGACCGAACCGCCUCGUCUGCUUCGGAUCAGCGCGGAGAGCGGACUUUAAUUCAUCAAUGAGAUCUGCGGAGAGGUUCUGCCGCUCGGUGGAAACGCAGAAAGACACAAGAUGAAGAAGCAGUUCAACCGCAUGAGACAGCUCGCCAACCAGACAGUGGGCAGAGCUGAAAAAACAGAAGUAUUGAGUGAGGACCUACUGCAGGUGGAGAAACGACUGGAGUUGGUCAAGCAAGUUUCCCACAGCACACACAAGAAGCUGACUGCCUGUCUGCAGGGUCAGCAGGGUGUGGACGUGGACAAGAAGUCUGUCAGGUCGCCCUCGAAAAAGCUUCCUCUUACAACACUUGCACAAUGUAUGGUGGAGGGGGCGGCCGUGCUGGGGGAUGAGUCUCUCCUGGGGAAGAUGCUGAAGCUCAGCGGCGAGACGCAGGAGAAACUGGCUCAGGAGCUCAUCUCAUUCGAACUCACCAUCGAGAAGGAUGUGAUUGAACCGCUGUGUGACCUGGCAGAGGUGGAAAUCCCAAACAUCCAGAAACAAAGGAAGCAUUUAGCAAAACUGGUCCUGGACAUGGACUCUGCUCGCACAAGGUACUACCAGUCUAACAAAUCCUCGGGACUAUCCAGCAAUCUGCAGCCAACAGGAGCCAAGGCCGACCACCUCAGGGAAGAGAUGGAGGAGGCAGCCAACCGCAUGGAGAUCUGUCGAGAUCAGUUAUCAGCCGACAUGUACAGUUUUGUGGCCAAAGAAAUAGACUAUGCAAGCUACUUCCAGACAUUGAUAGAAGUCCAGGCAGAGUACCACAGGAAAUCAUUGGAGCUGCUUCAGUGUGUUUUGCCGCAGAUCAAAGCUCAUCAGGAGACCUGGGUGGAAAAACCAUGCUACGGGAAACCAUUAGAGGAGCACUUAGCGCUGAGCGGGAGAGAUAUCGCCUUUCCUAUUGAAGCCUGUGUCACUAUGCUGCUGGAGUGUGGCAUGCAAGAGGAGGGUUUGUUCCGAAUUGCUCCUUCGGCCUCCAAGCUGAAGAAGCUGAAGGCGUCUCUGGACUGCGGUGUGAUGGACGUCCAGGAGUUUUCUACAGACCCACACGCCAUUGCAGGUGCUUUAAAGUCGUACCUGCGUGAACUCCCCGAGCCAUUAAUGACCUUUGAGCUCUACAUUGACUGGAUCCAGGCCUCCAACAUUCAGGACCAGGAGAAGAGGCUGCAGGCUCUGCUGGGCGCCUGCGAGAAGCUGCCGUGUGCCAACAACAACAACUUCAAGUAUUUGAUCAAGUUUCUCUCCAAGCUGACUGAAUACCAGGAUGUGAACAAAAUGACUCCUGGAAAUAUCGCCAUCGUCCUCGGCCCCAACCUGCUGUGGACUCACGAUGAAGGUAACAUCACAGAGAUGAUGACGACCGUCUCCCUUCAGAUUGUCGGCAUCAUCGAGCCCAUCAUCCAGCACGCCGACUGGUUCUUCCCCGGAGAAAUUGAGUUCAAUGUCACCGGGAACUACGGCAGCCCAGUCCACACCAACCACAACGCCAACUACAGCCUGAUGCCGUCUCCGGACCUGGAUCAGGUGGACCGGAGGCAGAACGAUCAGAGCCGACGGCCGCUGAGCGUCGCCACGGACAACAUGAUGCUGGAGUUCUACAAGAAAGACGGCAUAAGGAAGAUCCAAAGCAUGGGGGUCAGGGUGAUGGACACUUCUUGGGUGUCGCGCAGGGGUCCGUCAUCGACACGUAAAACAUCCUCAACACCGCCAAACGUGCACCCCUCUACCCCGCCCGCUGAAGCUCCCAUCCCCGAGCAGCCUGGGGAUUUCUAUGCGUCCCCGUCCCCCACCCCUCCUCCCACUAGCAGCGACCGAGCCAGCUCAGACGAUGCUUCUUCCAACUGGUCCGACUCCUGUUACGUCUAUCCCUCCCCUGAGGAGGAGCGACCGCCUCCCCCUUAUCCCUCCUUCUAUUCCUCCUCCUCUUCCUACUCUUGCUCCUCCAACUCGUUCCCUCACCACUAUAGCUACACCCGAGCACUGCAGAGUAUGCGUCCCGCCGCUCCCACUCCUGAAUCUGUCGUGCCCCCUGGCCCGUCCCCUCCGCCACGCCUAGCCGGAUGCAGCCCGCCCCCGCUCCCCUUCUCCCCGUGCCUGUCCCCCCAGCAGCUUGACGUCAACUCCAACCCCAAACCUAACUCUCUGCACCUGCCCAAACGGGCCUCCCUGCCCGACACUAUGCAUGCAACCCUGUCCGAAACAAAUGGCUCCACCCUUUACAUCAAACCCCCGCUCGUUCUUACCCGUCAUGACCUUUUCCUGGGCUCCCCUAAACCUCCCAAUGCCCCUUUUUCUGCUCCCCCUCCGUGGGCAGCCUCUGUCUGUAGCCGGGAGAAAGGAGCCAAGCUGAAGAGCACUCUGAAAAACAAAGAGCUGUCUCCGGUGAUCGGACAAAAGGGACUCCAAGGAGUAGUGACCCCUCGUGGACAGUCACAGCACUCUGAGCACAGCCCACACAGUCUGAGGAGAGCAAAGAAGCUUGCCCCUAUCCCACCAAAAGGCCCUUAUUGCCAGACAGGAGCCAUGUCAGACCAGUCGACAGGUCAACCGUCUCCAGUCAGUCUGUCGCCCACCCCUCCGAGCACACCCUCCCCUUACGGCUUCAGCUACCCACAGGGUUAUGCCACCAUUGGUUCCCCGAGCCAGUCCCAGACGGCAACCACCCCAUCUCUGUCUUCUCCGCCCUCGCUGGCAGGCACACUCACCAAGCCCAGACCAACCCCUAAGCCUCCCCGCCAGAGGCCCAACCUGCCUCCACCUCAGCCCCCCUCCACACCCGGCAGCAGCCCCCAGCCUCUGGAACAUUCAUCCGGUCUCCUGGACGGUUUACCCCCUGGGGAAAGCAUGUCCACAGAUUCCCUCUGCAACUUGGACAUCCCCGUCAUCAACAUGGAGCUGGACAGCAUCUUCGACUUGACGUACAUCUCCCCCUUCAGGAACUCCGAGGCGCUUCCGCUGUCGCCAAAAAGCAAAGCAGACUCUGAGGAGGAGUCCGAAAGCACAGUGCUAUGACCCAACAUCGCAUCGUGUCCCGUCCCUCUCCCCGUCAGACCUCACCCGCCCUCCGUCUAGAGGAACCGACAUGUUAAAACAAGCGCCUCCCUCAAGAAGCUUUCCAUUUCAUCCACAAUUAGCAUUUUACAGUUCCAUUUCCUGGAUUAUUUUAAGAUUUUUUUUCUAUGUUUUCUAUUUGUUUUUGCCUUAUUUAAAUCACAUGCAAUAUUGCCUUUAACGCCACGCAGGAGGCUGUCUGGAUGCUGGAGGAAUGGGAGUUCCUCGCUGCUGCUGCUGCUGCUGCUGCUGUGUAAUGAGUGACGCAACAUCACCGCUCGUUUCCCACACCGAUUCAUUUUUCCCCUUCACUCCCCCACUCCUCAGGGGUGCCCGUUUGAAAUGCCUCGCUCGUGUAGUUCUGUCCAGCCUGAGCGUUCACUGUGAGUGUCGGUAUGCGUGGGUGCGCGUGUGUGUGUGUGUUUUGCUAGUGUGUGACGUGACAAUUGUACGACAUGAUGUUGCACUGUUGGUGUGGUGGAGCAAAAGCAGGAGUGCAUUAUUUUAGACUAGUAGGCGGUAAUGUGCUUUUCUUUAAAAACAACAAAAAAAUGACAUUCAGUUAGGAGAUCAGACACUGGAUAUUUAUUGUUUAUAUAAUAUAUUUUCAGAGUAUAUGAGAUAUUCACAAUAGGAAUCCAAUCAGAUCGUAUUUUGUAUGAAGAGGAGAGUUAUAUAGGGGACAUUUUCACUUUUAACGGAUGCAUGCAGGGAGCUUGGAAAGAUAUGACAUGCAUACUGUAGUUUAUGAAAGAUUGAGAAACCCAGACUCUAAUUGUUUUGGCAGCAAUUAAAGCUGUAUGGGACCUUUUUAUAUUUCAUUCCUCAGUCUGGAGAAGAUUUACGAUGGUAUGGAUGUGCAGUACUGGUAUUAUGACGCCUGGACUUUCCAACAAAGCUGCUACAGUGCUAGAGCAGGACGCUGCUACCCCAGCUUCUCCACUGUGGAAGAAAAGCCCACUCUCUCUGUGACAUUGUCAGACAUGUACUCUAAGAAUACAUGGGGAGAGGAAAGAAAAUGAUGCUUGAUUUUCUGUUUUGUUUUUUUAGCUCAAAACCUGUAAAAAAAAAAAAUCCAUAAAAAAUGAGUUAACAAAAUAACAGAGUGUAAUUUAAGCUCAGCAUAAAUGCAUCUGUUCUGUGAAGGUUUGUUAGAGGAUUUUGAUGAAAUCUGGCUUUGAUGGAAGAGAGGCAGAAAGCUGAGGGUCCAGACCCUCUGUACGAAGCAAACCAUAUAACAAGGCGACCUUCCAACGCAACAUACAACCAGAUCUAUAAAGGAUUUGUUUAGAUCUAAGUAAAUCUAUGUUAAAACGGCACAGUCAGACUGAGAAUCAAUCUUCACAGACUCUCUCCAUUCGAUCUGAUGGAGUUUGAGUCUGCCUCUAGAUGUGCAAAUCUGGCAGAGAGCCUAAAAUACUGUAACCGCAGUGAAACAUGGUUCUGCAAAGGCGUGCCUAAACUUUACAGAUUUUUCUAUUUGUAAAAUGUUUUAGAUCCAUGCGUCAUUGUCCUUCCACUUCAGCCAUGUGGAUGCUUUUCCGAGGCGUUGCGUCAUGAGUGCAGCUGCCAGCAUCACAAUUAUCUUUACACUGCAACAGAUUUUCCCAGUUCUAACAAGUCAAGCACUUUGGGUAGAAGGUGAUGGGGGUCUUCACUCAGUAUGAAGCUGGUAUAGCUGGUUCUAUAAAAACGCAGCUCUUUAGCUACAUCAUCUUGAACUAUGUCUGCAGUGGAUGCUUAUCCUGCUACAGCAAGAUAACAAGAUCUGGCAGCAGCAGCAGCUUAGUACUGGAACCAGUUUGUGUUGUGUUGCACUCCAGGCUUCACAUGAGAAAUAAACCAAGCAGUCUGUUGUCAAUAUCAUAACAAAAAAAAGACAGAUCUUAAGCACCACCAGAAAGAAAAUGUGCUGUAUUUUUAUGAAUAAGCACAUAUUUAUUAAUUUAUUUUUUUCAUCACAGUGCCAUUACACCUGCAGUUCCAGUUUAUAGGACACUCUGAUGAUGCUGAUAUUUUUGGGGGUUUUACUGGUGAUCCAGAGGCAAGUGCAAAGAUAUCUGUAUAUUUGUUUAUUUUGAUGAGAGUAUUUAUAGAUGUAUGUCUGAGUACGGUUUACUUGGUGUAAGGAGCUGCGAGUAUUUGCUUUUCACGUGAAUCUUGUCUGAGGAUUUAAGAAAAAAAAGAAGAAAUUACGUGUUCAGACACAGGACCAGAUUUUUUCUGCUGCCGCAUUAAAACUUGAAGAUCAGUCAAACUGAUGUAACGAGGUUAGGAACAGCAGCAGUUUGCUACAUGCCUUGUGGAGGGUUUCGUCGUGACCUAUUCAACCUGUAGGACCUUUGGUUUCUGUCCUGAGAACGUCCACUGUGCUGCUCUGCCAUAGCCCCUCGGUAAGUGCGAAAUCACGAAAUCACAGGACUUUUGUAAAUCUUAAUGCGUCUGUAAAUAUUUAUUCUGUACAUACGGACAACAGGAAGAGUCAGAUAUAUCGAAAUCUAUUCACAUUUACUGAAAACUAAACAC